AUGAUGGACGACAGCCCCCAAGAGCCAGUUACUGCUUCGAAAGCAGAUACAAUGGAUGAGCCCACCGUAACGCAUGCCGAGUCCAGCGGAAGUCAGAUGAAAUGGAAAUCCGCCAAAUCCAAAGACGGCGAUACCGCCAUGGCACUAUUCGAUGAUCCAGAUGAGCUGCACGAGGAAAUAGAUCCGGCAGAAGCUCGAAGGAUCCUGUGGAAGAUCGAUUUGAUGAUCUUGCCGUAUUUAGCUGUGUGCUAUGCCUUCUUUUAUAUUGACAAGACAACAUUGAGCUACGCGGCAAUUUUCGAUAUUCAAGAGGACCUCCAUCUUCAUGGAACCCAGUAUAACUGGUUGAGCAGCAUCUUCUACUUUGGCUUUCUGGUCUGGGCAUUCCCUACCAACUUUCUGAUGCAGAAGCUUCCGAUUGGAAAAUACCUCGGCGUGAACAUUUUCAUGUGGGGAGUCUUUCUCAUGGCACAGGCAGCAUGCAACAGCUUCGAAACUCUUGCGGCCCUCCGAGCCCUCGGCGGAGCUGCAGAGGCUUGCUCGGAUCCAGCAUUUAUGCUCAUCACGAGUAUGUGGUAUACACGUCGCGAACAACCCGUCCGUAUUGGACUAUGGUAUACGGCGAACGGAAUUGGUAUCGCGCUGGGUGGGUUGUUAGGUUAUGGCAUUGGCCAUAUUCGAGGUGCCUUGCCGUCUUGGAAAUACGAGUUCCUUAUAAUCGGUGCAUUAUGCGCUACUUGGGGCAUCGUAAUGUUCAUCUUCCUUCCGGAUUCACCUGUCAGUGCUCGUGGUCUUAGCAAACGAGAACGGCGAAUUGCGGUUGAGCGCAUUCGAGAGAACCAAACUGGCGUGGAAAAUAAGCAUUUGAAGCCCUAUCAGAUCCUCGAAGCUUUCAUGGAUUAUAAGCUCUACAUGUUCUUCAUCUUGGGUGUUGUUUGCAAUGUCCCCAAUGGUGGUAUCUCCAAUUUUGGUACAAUCAUUAUCAAAGGCUUUGGCUAUUCUACUUUGAUUACAACUAUCCUGCAGAUCCCAUAUGGCAUUUUCAUCGCCCUUUCCAUCUUGACAUGCGUAUUCCUUAACGAUCGUUUUGAGAAUCGACGCUGCGUAUUUGUUCUUAUAUUCUUAAUUCCAAAUCUGGCCGGCGCCUUCGGUUUGUGUUUCGUACCAACGGAUCAUCACGUCGGCCGACUCAUCUGUUACUAUCUUACUGGGCCAUACAAUGCUGCCUUCGUGCUUAUUUUGAGUAUGCAAAUCGCGAAUACAGCGGCUGAAAUUUGGCGAUCAGGUCACACAAAGAAAGUCGUCACCAACGCGGUCCUUUUCCUUGGAUACUGCACCGGAAACAUCGCAGGCCCGUUCUUCUAUAAAACCGAUCAAUCGCCCACAUACAAACUGGGCAUCUGGUCUAUGAUUGUUUCUCAUCUGAUUGAAGCCUGUCUCAUUACUACCCUCGGCCUUCUUCUUCGGUGGGAAAAUAAGAAACGCGACCGUAUUCAGUCUGAAAUGGAGGGAGGGCUUGAUGGCAGAGACUUGGACUCUACUGCAUUUUUGGAUUUGACAGAUCGAGAAAACUUGAAGUGA